AUGCGUGUCACGAAGUUCCUUCUUUUAUCCUUGACUGCCGCCUCUCCCGUUGCCUGUGCCAAUGCAGCAACGCCAGACGGGCCAUUCCAGCUCUACGCCUAUGGCGAGGAUGUGGGUGGUCUAGUUCUGUUCUCCGAUGGAGAACACGUCUACGCCGGCGAGCAUUCACUCCUAGACGAUGUCCAGGCUGCUCCUAUCAUCCUUGUGUCUCAUGACGGCCAGUGGUCUUGCUCCCCGAACACCACUGCCCUGGCCGACGAUGCACAGCCAACCUGGUCCAACCUCACCUUCGCCAUUCCCAGCACCGCCGCGCCAUCACACGAUGUUCAACUCGUCAAUGCCACAAGCAACGGAACUUCUAACCUCAUCACCGAUGGAUUCUCCUUCUACGGGGCGAUCGCUUUUGCGUCCAUGGAUGGAGGGUUGGUUUCUCUAUGGCAGGGAAUACCCUCGGAUGUUAAAGGAGUUUACUCGUUGAAAUGGAAUGACACGCAGGAAGCAAACAGUGCUAUUAUAUUUACCCUCAAGGCAACAAAGCCAUUGUCCACCUAA